GGUCGGUCUUUUUUUUUUUUUUUUUUUUUUUUUUGUUUCUCGACAAGCGGGCACCGGUCCAUUGACGCACACGCCAGGGAGCUUCGGGGCGGCGCACUGCGUUGCGGCACCCUCUCGAGCGCUACGAUCGAUCCGCUAUGAUCCUCGGCGCGGGUGCGCAUUUUCACGCGUCUCUCCAUCGAGCCACAUAGCAGCCGCCGCGGGGGAACUCGCUGCGGAUCAUGCCACGGUGACAGGCCCACCUAGAGCCCUCUGUGUGUGUCGACUUCAAGGAUUGAGUGCAUCCUGCGCCGCCCUUGCCGUAUCCUCUUUCCGCAAUGCUCGAGAGGACGGCGACGAGCAUCGAGCCGUGCAGCAACAGCCUCCAGCGAGUUGUCCCUUCUGCCAGAUCCUGUUUGCAAAGCCGCCGCAAGCUCCACACCUCCUUCUGGCACCACCAUGGCGCCUCCGAGCUCGAGCUACUUGAUGCCUGCCAGGCCCUCGUGCGCCAGUCCCCCGGCGAAUCGAAAAUCCGGACCACGCCGGCCAUGUCCGACAAGAGAGUCGAAACCAUGACGGCGUCGGGCCUCCUCCUCGACUUCCUGUACCCCAGCGGAACCGCCGCCCUUCUGCGCAGGCCCUACCCGAUCCGCCCGGUACGACUCGAAUCCGGCUCACGGCCGCGGAGCCACAUGUCUCGCCUGUUCACGUCCUCCGUCUCCCGGCGGUCUGACCAGUCCCCCAAUCCCCAAGCUGCCGCUGAGGAUCCCGACGCGUUAGUGGAGCCGGAUGAGGAGGUUGAUGAGGAAAGGCAGGACCAUGACGGUGAAGGCGCAAUACAAGACAUCCCACACGAGGCCGAGGAGGCCGAGGAAGCCCAAGACGGCGUCGCGGCCGCCCGUAUUCUACGGAACCUGCUCCACUCGGAACGGGUCGGCGCCUACGACCAGAUCUUCCAGCAAUACAUGAGACUGGACCCGAGUUCGAGGGACGAGUUUACGACGGACGUGUUACUCGCCAUAUCGGCAUCGACCCGACCAAUCGAAGCAUGGAGGGUCAACGAUCUCUUCUCCAAGUACGCCGUCGACGAAUGGACCGAGGAGCUUGUCCGUGCGGCGGUCAAGGCGCAGCUCACGCUGCAUAAGGUACCAGAGGCCAUGGACAUCUUCAGGACGGCCAUGGAGCAGCGCGGCUUCGGUGGGGCUUUGGAUUACAUUGCGGCCUACGGGUUUGAGCUCUCGUCGUGGAACCUGGUCCUGGAGGCGUGGGAGAUCUACUAUGGCAUCAAAGGCGCCGAUGAACCCCCGUAUGAGCCGCCGGCUCCUACGUCUUCGGAACCUGUCGAACCGUCGCACCUACAGGAUGCGGAUCAAGGCGGGGAGCGGGAGCCAGCGCAAAGGGGGGACACCGAGUCGGGGACGGAUCCAACGGCACGGCAAGAGCCAGAAGCACUUCCUGAAUCGACGGAGUCGCAGACCGACGCAGUGUCAGCCCGGGCGGGUGAGAAGGGACCCCGGAUCGAAACUUCGAGUAUGCAGGAAAUCGUGACGCCGUCCUUGUCUGCAACCGUGCCUGAAAACGAAACUCAGGUUGACUCAUCAGCUGGCCGCGAUGCCGUACAUGACGGGAGCGAAGCACAUCAGAGUCCGCCGGCUCCCGAAAACGCAGAGCAGUCUGCUGCCAUGCAAGAUACCGACUCGGGGGCCGAGCAGACCAUAAGAUCACCGCCUACUGGCGGAUCUGGAUACCCGAUCCUGGCGGCAACGACCAACUUCGAGGCCAAAGUAAAGGAGCUGUAUAAGUAUCUCGAGAACGACCCCGAAAGCCUGCCCCAGCGUACCGCGCUUGUCGACUCCUUUCUCAAACACGUCGUCAGAUACUCGCUCCACUCGUUCCGACCGUCCGAUGUAGUGUUUAUGCUGCACAAGACCGGAGAUCCGCUUUCUUACGAGCGCUUCAUCAUUCUCAACGCGGAGCAGGAUCAGAAGCGGCUCGCCAACGACUUGUACCGAAAAUACAGGGCGCUCCCUGGCGUGCGCGUGGCCGAAUCCGUCCUGCGAGUCAUGAUCGACGUCUACUUCCCGCAUAAUGUAGUGGGGAUGGAGCAACUGCUGGAGGAUUGGUACCGCAGCUUCGGGCGUUUGGACGAAAGAGCGUACCACAAGUUCAUGUCCUUCUAUGGCGGACGCGGCGACGUCAAGUCCAUCAUGCGCCUCGCCGGGGAGUUUUCCAAGCACUACGGCGGCAAGGUCGAGAACGACCCAAAGUUCAUCAGGACGCUCAUGCAAGCCCAUGCUGUCAGGGGCGACCCCGACGCCGCGCGUCAGGUGAUGACGGACGCCUCCGAAAGGACUGGCGAGCCGCCGACGAUGAGGCAGUGGAACAUCUUGUUGAAUGCCUACACCAAGGCGGGUGACUAUGGAGGGGCCAUCGAGCUCUUUUCCUACAUCUGCAAUGAGCUCGAACCGGAUGACUACACCUUUGGCACCAUGAUGGGCAUGGCCGGGUUCCGCGGCGAUCUGCAGUUCGCCCUCGAGCUCUACCAACUGGCGCGGGACCGUAACAUCCAGCCGACGUCGGCCAUGAUCAGGGCACUGGUCGAAGCAUACUGCCAAAACGACCGGUUCGCCGAGGCCGAGAAGCUCUGCGUCAGCGUAACCAAGAAGCGAAAUUUGCCGGGCAAUUAUACCAUGCUCUGGAACGCGCUUCUCCAGCAUCACGCCAAGCGACGGGACUUGUCCACGGUUAACCGGCUACUGGAGUUCAUGUCGGCCCAAGGGAUACCUUAUAACCACGAGACCUACAGUCAACUCUUGCUGGCCCUGCUCUAUGCCCGCCAGUCGCAUCAUGCCAUGCAUCUGCUCCGAGUCGCCCACCGCGAAGGCGUGUUUGAGCCCACGGCUGACCACUACGUCCUUCUCAUGGCGGCCUUCAUCAACAGCGGGGAGCCGCACAUGGCGCUCAAGACCAACGAGCUGAUGGCCAGCAUGAACUUCCCGCACUCGGCGAUGCGCAUGACCAAGGUCAUCGACGCGCUGGGCCGAUGGCAGCAGCUUCCCUACACCAAGCGGCUCGGCCUCAGCGGGGACCACUUCCUGAAGAAGGUCCUGCGCAACUUCUACAAGGCGAUGGAGCAAGAGGACCAAGGAUCGCCCGACGAUAUUCGCUCCGUCGUCAACCUCUACUCCAAGGUGCUCUUCAUCCUGACGCAGAUGCGCGAGCACGCCACGGUGCAGCAGCUCAUCCGCCUUCACAACACCCGGUACCCGUCUCGCAGCUCCGAGGAGACCAUCCCGCUCAAGCUCCUCCACCAGAUCAUGCUGGCCGACUUCUUCGAGAAGAAGUACGACCGCGUCCGCGAGACGUGGGAUCUCAUCCUCAGACGCGCCACCGAACGUUACCAGCCCGCGUCCUCCUUCCUCAACCCGGACGACCCGGAGCGCCCAGGCCCGAAGGGGCCGUCAACCACCACCAAGCGGGUCAUCUACGCCCAGCGGUUCCGUCUCUGCGACCCGCUCAAGACCAUGCAGCGCCUCUACCUCGAAGAGCAAGAUGCCGAGGGGCUGCUCAACCUGGUGGCCACCGUCCGCAAGCGCGGCUUCGACCUCGACAGCAAGAACUGGAACUACCACGUGCAGGCGCUGGCCCGGCUCAAGAGGUGGCGCGAGGCCUUCACCGUCUGCGAGAAGGUGCUCAUGCCGCAGUGGACGGGGUGGUACGCGGUGCGGGCCGAGGCCCAGGUCAAGAACCAGGUGCCGCUGGAACUGCGCCGGAUCGGCCGGAACCCGCAGCGGCCGCGCCCCAUCGCCCACACCCUGCUCGUGCUGGCCAAGGAGUACAUGGACCUCGAGCAGAUGAUGCUGUGGUCGCACGAGGCGAGCCGCGAGUUUGAGUACAUCAACGAGCACUGCCCCAAGACGGUCCGGGCUGUCACGACCCUGCACCGCUCCGGUUCGCGGCUGGAGGCGCAGAUCUUUGGGCAGCAGCAGCAGCAGCAGCAGCAGCAGCCGGACCGGCGGGCGGUCGCGGAGCGGGGGCAGGGGCAGGGGGAGGACGGCGGCGUGGCGCUUGGCGAGGGGGCGGCAGGAGAAGGAGAGGAGGGCGUCGAGGAAGACGAGAGGGUGCUGGGACCGGCGGAGUACCAGAGGACGUGGAAGGGCGGGAGAAAGGUCAGGGUCGACGAGAAGGUCGUCCGGCCCAGGAGGUUCGAGGAUACGGCCUGGACCGAGGGCGGCUUGUUGAACGUGGAGGACCCGUCCAAGCUGAGGACGGGGGAGCGGGACAUGUCGGAAGAGGACAUCGUCAGCGCGCUGAAGGGAGAGGCGAGGGAUCAAGGAAGAAUGUAAGAUGGGGAAACGGGCGAUGGUGUGAUGGUGUGUCGGCUGGCUGUUGUAUCAUACUUU